AUGUCGUGCUGUAAGAGUGUGCCUGUUCAUGACGAUGAGCUGGAGAUGUCUAUGUCGGAGAUCUCGGCUACUGAGGACAAUGACGUCUCGGGCUACAAGCGCAUUACAGAGGCCGGCGAGCUGGUGAGGUUUGCGUUUGGAGAGAUGAUUGGAGCAGCGCAAGACGUCAACUCGCAGUUUCGAACAGAGAUGCAAGACGUGAUUGUCAUUGAUGAUGCUUUUGGUCCGGAUGGCCUCCCGUCGGAGAUUGCCGCCGAGUUUCUCCCGCGAGUCCUAGCGCAAGAAGUGGGCCAGCGCGAUCCCAAGGACAUUUUCCAGGACGCGUUUCUGGCAUCAGACACAGUGUUUGAAAACGAGGGCAUUUUGUAUCAUGGCACUACGGCCAUGUGCGUCAUGCUCGAGAAGUACGGCUCGACCAUGCUGCUGCACCUCGGAUCGGUUGGCGACUCGCGCGCUGUGCUCUCGUCGCGUGGCCGUGCCAUCGAUCUUGCUCCUGUCCACACGCCGGCAUCUGAAGACGAAGUCACCCGCAUCCAGCGCGAGGGUGGGUUCCUCGCCCGUGGUAAGGUCAACGGCAUGGUCGCGGUCACACGCUCGCUCGGCGACCUCGUCAUGAAGUCCAUCAUCAUUUCGGAUCCAUUUACCCGCACCGAAGUCCUCACCGCCGACAAUGACUGCAUCGUUAUUGCCUGCGACGGCGUGUGGGACGUCAUCCAUCCUCAGUCAGCCAUCGAUACCUGCAUCCGCUCGCCCGAUGCAAAGUCGGCCGCGCAAGCCAUCCUCAAGGCUGCUCUCGAGCUCGGUUCCACCGACAACCUCUCGGUCAUCUGCGUCAAGCUAACUUGA